AUGCCCUGGAAGCCAAGGCCAUCGGUGCUGCCCAGGGCCACCCGGGUCACCCACAGCUCAGGGAAGGUCUACGAGGAGCUGAAAGAGGAAUGUCUGAGCAAGGGGAUCCUUUUCCAGGACAUUGAUUUCCCCCCUUGCAACUCCUCUCUCUUCUUCAGUGAAAAGCCGCCCGUUCCCUUCGUCUGGAAGAGGCCCAUGGAAAUUGUCAAGGACCCCAAGUUUAUCCUCGGAGGAGCCACCAGAACUGACAUUUGCCAAGGGGAUCUUGGUGACUGCUGGCUGUUAGCAGCCAUAGCUUCUCUCACACUGAAUGAAAAAACACUAGGAAGAGUAGUCCCACUGGAUCAAAAUUUUGGGCCAGAUUAUGCUGGGAUAUUUCACUUCCAGUUUUGGCAGCACAAUGAGUGGCUGGAUGUUGUGAUUGAUGACCAGUUACCCACCUUCAAUGGUCGCUUGGUUUUCCUGCACUCAGCUGAUCACAAUGAAUUUUGGAGUGCUUUACUGGAGAAAGCCUAUGCCAAGCUGAAUGGCAGCUACGAGGCUCUGAAAGGAGGCAGCACAAUAGAAGCCAUGGAGGAUUUCACUGGGGGAGUAGGAGAAAUGUAUGAGGUUAAAAAGGCUCCUGACAAUUUCUAUGAAAUCCUAGAGAAAGCUCUGAAAAGAUGCUCCAUGGUGGGCUGCUCCAUUGAUACCAGCAGUGCUGCUGAGUCAGAAGCCAAAACCCCCUUUGGCCUUAUCAAGGGCCAUGCUUACUCUGUGACUGGCAUUGAGAAGGUGAAUUAUCAGAGCCAGGAAGUGCAGCUCAUAAGGAUAAGGAACCCCUGGGGACAGGUUGAGUGGAAUGGCCCUUGGAGUGACAACUCUCUGGAGUGGUGUUCAGUGAGCCCAUCAGAGAAGGCACGCCUGGCUCAGGAAACCCAGGAUGAUGGAGAGUUCUGGAUGAAAUUUGAAGACUUCAAAGUGCAUUUUGAUAAAGUUGAGAUCUGCAACUUGACUCCAGAUGCCCUGGAAGAGAACACUGCCCACAGGUGGGAGGUGACCAUCCACCAGGGCAGCUGGGUCCGGGGAUCCACUGCAGGAGGAUGUAGAAAUUUUCUAGAGACUUUCUGGACCAAUCCACAAAUUAAGCUACAUUUGACAGAGGAAGAUGAUGGGCAGGAGGACUGCACAUUCAUAGCAGCACUGAUGCAGAAGGAUCGUCGUAAACUCAAGAGGCUGGGGGCUGAAAUGCUGGCCAUUGGCUACUCUAUUUAUGAGAGCCCUGGCAGAGAUGAACACUUGGGCAAAGACUUCUUCAGGUACCACCCCUCCAAGGCCAGGAGCAAAACCUACAUUAAUUUGAGGGAAGUUUCCAACCGUUUCAAGCUGCCUCCAGGUGAUUACAUCCUCGUUCCCACCACCUUUGAGCCACACCAGGAGGCAGAUUUCUGCCUGAGGAUUUUCUCUGAGAAGAAAGCCAUCACUGAGGAUCUAGAUGAAAACAUUGCCAUCGAGCUCCCUGAGCCUCCAAGCCCAACCCCAGAAGAAACUGAAGAAGAAAAACAAUUCCGGGCACUGUUUGAGCAGAUUUCAGGAAAAGACAUGGAGAUAUCUGCAGAAGAACUCAAAUAUGUUCUGAAUACUAUAUUAAAAAAAAUACAGAACAUCAAAUUCAAGAACCUAAGUCUCAUUUCAUGCCGAAAUAUCAUUUCUCUGAUGGAUACCAGUGGCAAUGGGAAACUGGACUAUAAUGAAUUUAAAGUUUUCUGGGAAAAAAUGAAGACAUGGAUAAAUAUUUUUCUCCAGUUUGACUUUGACAAAUCUGGCUCCAUGUCUUCCUAUGAGCUCCGCAGUGCUCUUAAAGCUGCAGGAUACCAACUCAACAACCACCUGCUGCAACUGAUUGUCCUCAGAUACUCUGGUGAUCAGUUCCAGAUUGAAUUUGAUGAUUUUCUGAACUGCUUAAUUCGCCUGGAGAAUGCAAGUGGAGUAUUCCAAGCCCUGAGUGUGAAACACAAGGAGUUCAUUGACCUGAAUAUAGGCGAGUUUAUCAACCUGGCAAUGAACAUCUGAAGAAAUCUGACUUGGGUUCUCCAUGACUGCUGCCCCAACAGCUGAGGUCCCCAUCACAUCCAAACUUUGCCAGGAGAUUUCAUGCAGAGGAACAUGCAU